UUGCCGCCGAACUGUCAAUCGGUGAAAACAUGUCGUUAUAGCUAUAGAAUACGAUUUUCUUGUUUUAUUUUCGCUUCUACGUCUUUGAAAAAAUGGCAUCAGUGUUUAGUGUGUUGCGGACUUGUGGUUUAAUUGUUCAUUUAAUUUUACAAACAUACGCAGUGGAGGACCAUGGCCCUGCUCCCUGGAUAGUGUCUACGAAAGUGGAGGAUAAAAAUUGUGUUGAAAAAAAUUGUAAAUAUUUACUGAACGUGCGCGGUGGUGAGUUUCUCGGGCAUUAUUCUUGGAGAUUAAGUCCCGUGGAAGCUUUUAGAGGUGGUAACUGUGAUGUGAUAAGUCCUAAUUAUGAGUUAAAGGAAAUAUAUACGGAUCAAUGGGUGACGAAAAUUGAGGUGGUUGUUCCUAAUAAAGAGGGGAAGAUAUUCUUCUGUCUACAUUAUUCUGAGAAGAAGAAUGCUCCGUUCGGUGGCAAGUGGGUGCACCAAGGCGAAGACCUGUUUUUGGACCCCAAAAAUGAUGUCGUUUCCCAAACACGCGGCAAGCAGCAAAUGCAAGCCAGCCAAGACACUCAGACACUCACUCCUCAAUGGGCAGAUCUCUCUCACGACAUCGAUGUUAACCAGCUCCCCGGUGUCGCUAGACCUUCCAGACACGAGCGAAGCGACAUAGAAGUACUUAUAAAAGAUAAAUAUGUACCCCUUAACGAUAUAACUGAUGAUAACGUCCAGAGAAACAAUAUAUUUGAAGCAAAUCAUGUUGAUAGCAAUAAAGAUGUGAAAGCUGUUGAUGUUAAUAAGCAAAAUUAUAAAGGGAAAGUUAAAGAUGAUAGUUUUAAUAUAGACGGCAAAGAGGCCUUCGAAAGUUGGAAUGUUAAAGCGAAUGUUUUAAACAGAAGAAAACGUAGCAUUGUUAAUGUAGAAUUUCUUGAUGAUACCAAUGUGGAUGGUAUAGAAAAUGUCAAAGAAUAUUCUGGAAAGUAUCCCAAUAGGGAUACUGUAGACAAUUAUAAUGUUAAAAGUGUAGAUUUUAUAGAAAAAUCUAUUGAAAAACGUCAAGUAGUUAAGGAUGUUGUACUGAAAAGUAACAUAGAUAUUGAAGAUAUGCCAAGAAUGGAACGCAAACAAAAUACAACAGAUGUAUUAAUAACUAGUCAAGAUAUAGUAAAAGCUAGAGAACAUCUAGUAAAUGCUAUAAAACCUAUAAAUGUCGCUGAAAAUCAUGAAGACGCGUUGAUUAAGAUUCGGAAACAAAGGCAAGCGGUUGCAGAUGAUUUCACCAGUGUGAAGGGUGAUCCGUUUUUCGUUAGAAUCGAAGGCUUAAGAGUAGAGGACUCAGAGAAAGAACCCAAAAUCGUUGAAGACAGCAUACCCAGUGUUUUGGCGGACUCCGGAGUUACUCUGAGAUUGUUCGGCGAGGGACUCACGACGCGAACCAUGAUCGCGUUCACAUACGACGCGCAGAAGUAUGGCGAACCGUGCAAGUUUCUAAUCAAAGGGGAGUACUUAGUGAAACCCGACUCGAUCACACCGAAAAGCGCUCUUUUCGACAUCGUCGCCCCCCACCCGAUGCUGGGCUCCAAACUGUACAUCUGCGCUAAAAACCUGAAGGCGGGCGUGGUCGACCCUUUCAAGGACGAAGAUAAAUACAUGCACCAGGGGACAGAGCCCUUCAAAAUGUUGGCAACACACAACAAGCUUCUUCCAUUAUGGGUGUCUCUGAUACUGAUUUUAGUAUGCCUAAUGUUCUCAGCGCUUUUCUCCGGGCUAAAUCUAGGCCUGAUGUCUUUAGACAGGACCGAGCUGAAAAUUAUCUCCAACACUGGCACAGAGCAGGAAAGAAAAUACGCUCGAGCGAUAAUGCCAGUUCGAGACCACGGGAAUUACUUGCUGUGUAGUAUCCUGCUUGGGAAUGUUGCUGUUAAUUCGACGUUCACGAUAUUGUUGGAUGAAUUGACGUCGGGUUUGUUCGCGGUUAUAUUUUCGACUUUGUCGAUCGUGCUUUUGGGCGAGAUUACCCCUCAAGCGAUAUGCUCGAGACACGGACUUAUGGUAGGGGCGAAGAGUAUCAUGGUUACCAAGGCGGUAAUGGCAAUCACAGCGCCUCUAGCGUUUCCUGUUAGCAAGCUAUUGGACUAUUUCUUAGGUGAAGAAAUAGGCAGUGUGUAUAACAGGGAGAGACUCAAGGAGCUUGUCAAGGUAACGACAGACGUUAAUGACCUUGACAAGGACGAGGUGAACAUCAUAUCGGGAGCCUUAGAACUUCGCAAGAAAACGGUGUCUGACGUCAUGACCAAAUUGGAAGAUGUCUUCAUGUUGCCCAUCAGCUCCGUGCUGGAUUUCGAGACUAUGAGCGAGAUCGUCAAGUCAGGCUACUCCCGCAUCCCGGUGUACGAGGGCCACCGCGGCAACAUCAUCACGGUGCUGUUCAUCAAGGACCUCGCGUUCGUCGACCCCGACGACAACACCCCGCUGCGCACGCUCUGCCAGUACUACCAGAACCCGUGCAACUUCGUCUUUGAGGACGUCACGCUUGACGUCAUGUUUCGCCAGUUCAAAGAUGGCCACAAAGGGCACAUGGCGUUUGUCCACCGCAUCAACAACGAGGGUGAAGGCGACCCAUUCUACGAGACCAUAGGGCUGGUGACCCUUGAGGACGUCAUCGAAGAGAUGAUCCAGGCGGAGAUUGUCGACGAGACUGAUGUCUUUAUGGACAACCGCACUAAGCGGCGCCGCAACCGGCCCGCGAACAAGCUGCAAGACUUCACAGCUUUCGCCGAGAGACACGAGAACCAACGCAUACACAUAUCGCCGCAACUUACGCUCGCCACCUUCCAGUUCCUUAGCACCAGUGUUGAUGCUUUCCGGCCAGACACUGUGUCGGAGACGGUGCUCCGUCGGCUGCUUAAGCAGGACGUCAUCCAGUACAUCAAGCUGAAGGGGAAGACCAAGAAGGACCCCAGCACAUUCGUCUACCAUCAGGGCAAGCCGGUGGACUACUUCGUGCUGAUCCUGGAGGGCCGCGUGGAGGUGACGGUGGGCAGGGAGAACUUGGUGUUCGAGGCCGGGCCCUUCACGUACUUCGGCGUGCAGGCUCUCACGCAGAACGUGGGCGUUGCGGAAUCCCCAACGCCUUCGGCGAUGGGCUCCCUCCAAAACAUCAAUAUGGACUCCAUGUUACGUCACACGUUCGUCCCGGAUUACUCCGUGCGAGCCAUCACCGAGCUACACUACCUUACUGUCAAACGAUCUCUCUACCUGGCUGCCAAACGCGCCACGUUGAUGGAAAAGGGUGCGCUGUCCAAGGGUGCUACCAACGAACAGUUCGACACAGAAGUUGACAAGCUAUUGCAGUCGGUCGAUGAGGACAUAAGCAUCAGUGGGGAACAUAAGACUCCAUCACGACAAGUGUCGCCCAACCCGGCGGCGAUGUCGUCCCCUGUCGCGCGUGCGUCGCUCACGUCGCGCGCGUCUCCGCCCCCGCGACACGAGAACGCUUUCAACGGCUCGCGCGACGAACACGAGAAGCUACUCAAAUCACCUUAACACGAAACCUUGCCGCUCGUGCUACUAACACCCGUCUCACACAGAGCCACAAAUAACUAAACUAGUUAGCAAUUACAAUUGACAACUAGUUUGCAAUUACAAUAGUUUAAAAUUGUACGUCGCACACGGCGUUACUCAAAAAUUACUUAACUAAUUUACAAUUACAAUUACAAAAUAAUUAGAAACUGUACGUUGCAUUCGGCGCUACUAAAAAAUUACUAAACUAAUUUGCAAUUACAAUUACAAACUAGUUGUAAAUUACAAGUACCAAACUCGUUAGAAGUUCUAACGUAGAAACUGAGCGUCGCACACGGCGCCACUCAAAUACUCAUAAAUGACUAAACUAGUUAGCAAUUACAAUUGACAACUAGUUUGUAAUUGUAAUUUCUAACUAGUUACAAACUGUACGUCGCGCACGGCGCUAAAUUGCAAAGAUAUCUCUAUAUUUUUGUAGAGAUCUAUAAUCUAAAAAAAAUGCGAUCCAAUCUGAGCUUUUAUCUAUUUUAUUCGAUUGUCCAAAAUGGAUUACUGUCAAAAUUUAAGUAAAAUAUCAAGCGGAUAUUGUAAAUUUAAUCGUUAAGUGGAGGUACUUACCGAAAAUACCUCAAAUGUAUAAAUAAAUAAAUAUAUAGAGACGCGAACUAUAGAUAAGAAUAGAAGUACUUUGAUCUAGUACAUACACACAUACAUAAACUCGGGUCUAUUUCCCACCGGGGUAAGCAGAGGCUCGAUUGACGAAUGUGGAGAAAACAAGAGAAGGACAUACUCCUCCAUUGUCUCUGCGUGCCCCAUUGAUCUAUUUAUACCCUAAAAAAAGAUGGAAUAUCUCAGAUAAAUUAUAGACGGGACUUGCCUUUGCGCAUAAGGAGUAAUACUACUUAUAGAACGGCAACUCCGCCCCCCACCAGCGGCUGAGCUAGGUUUACCUCACCCCAGUAAAGAAUUAUUGAUUGAUUGAAUAAAUAAUUCUGAUCUUCUAUCGGGUGGGUUGCGAGGAUUACCAAACCCCAUCAACCCUGGUGUCAAGGUUACUAUUGAGCCGCCAAAGGCUUUUUACUCAUGGAACGACUACACACAUCGGUAAGUAACCGGGACCAACGGCUUAACGUGCCUUCCGAAGCGCAGAUCAAUCGUUCUGAUUUCUGAACGUCUUAAACGAAUACCAAAAUAAAACUGUCAUAAAAAAACAAAGCACGAACCGAUUGCUCGUGUACUUCGGCAGGGACCGCGUGCGCUUGAUAGCUCCCGUCUAUAAUUUCUCCGAAAAGGUAGUAUAAUACUAUAAGUACGCACUGUUGGAAUGAAGUAGAGAGCACUUAGUGACGUGUUUGAAAAGCGUUAUGGGAAUUGGCCUUUUCGAAAAAUGUACAUUAUGAGAAUUGGCCUUUUCGAAAAAUGUGCAUUAUGAGAAUUGGCCUUUUUGAAAAAUGUGCAUUAUGAGAAUUGGCCUUUUUGAAAAAUGUGCAUUUUGAGAAUUGGCCUUUUUGAAAAAUGUGCAUUAUGAGAAUUGACCUUUUUGAAAAAUGUGCAUUAUGAGAAUUGGCCUUUUUGAAAAAUGUGCAUUUUGAGAAUUGGCCUUUUUGAAAAAUGUGCAUUUUGAGAAUUGGCUUUUUCGAAAAAUGUGCAUUAUGAGAAUUGGCGCUUUUGAGAAUUGUGCAUUAUGAGUAAAAAAAACAGUAUUAAUAAGAAUAUAGCCAAACUAUGUCUUCGUAAAUAUAUUUCGUCGUUUUAGUUAAAAAUUACUUAAAUUUAAAGUACAAUUGAAGGAGUUUUCUGGCUACGUUCCCCAAAAACAAUGCAGAUGGCGUUGUACAGCUUUAGCAUGAUAAUUACCUAUUUUCUCAUUACUCGGGUACAUAAUUAUUCCAAAAUACAAUGUAAUGGCAGAAGUAUUUAUAAAAAUAUUGAUGCUUGAUAUAUAGAUCAGUAUAAUAAUGAGUGGAAGAUGUGUUGUGCCUGGGUGUAAUAACAAAGGUCAUUAUUUAUGCCCAAAUACAAAGAUAAAAGAUGAAAAUUUCUAUAACAUAAACAGCCUAUACACGUCCCACUGCUGGGCACAGGCCUCCCCUCAAUCAACCGGAAGGGGCAUACUCCACCACGCUGCUCCAAUGCGUUGGUGAAGGUGUUUUUACGGCUAAUAGACGGGAUGGCUUAACGUGCCCUCCGAAGCACGGAAUCGUCUUACUUUUUCGGACAAUCAGGUGAUUCAAGCCUGAAAAGUCCUUACCAAACAAAGGACAGUCUCACAAAGUGAUUUCGAAGUCCCCAUCGGGAAUCUAACGCGGACCUCCAGAUCGUGAGCCUGACGCUCUAACCACUAGACCACGGAGGCUGUGCAGAUUUUUAUUAUCCGUGAAAUUGGAAAGUUAAACGAAGGCAACUCUUAACGCUAUCUGUAUUUUUAUCGGGAAACGUAGCUAAGAAAACCCCUAAUAGAAAUUCAGUUAUUGUUGAUAGCAACGUCGCACAACAACGAGCGGUGUUGUGCGAGGUUGUCGAACACGUCUACCAACACCUGUUGCGGCAUUUUUGUCUAGUGAAGACGAGGCUUGAAGCGACACACGUGUAACCCGCCGAUCCGACGUCGCCUCUGUGUGUAGCAUAAUUCGGUUUAGGCGCAUAAUGACAAAAAUCAUUAGGUACAUUAUUUAUGAAAUAAAAAUAAAUUACUAUGUCAUUAGAUACACAUUACAAAAAAAUAAUACACAAAAAAGAGAAAAAUAAAAUAGCGCGCUUAAAAAUGAUUUACGAUACAAUAACAGUGCCGUGUUUAUCAAAAGUUACAAGUCUACACGUUUACAAGCUACAAGUCACUCACAAGUACGGUCAAGAGUACUAAUAUGUAUACACUUUGAUACCAUGUCACAUUAACUUUUUUGACAAUUUAAACCGUAAGUCUCAUUAAAUAUCAAAUAUGAUGGUACGACAGGGUUGUUGGCAUGACUGUACAGUCAUGAGCAAUACAAUGUACCCACUUUAGGACUCUGUCGCACUGACAUAUUUGACAUUUAGUAAGACUUACAGUUCAAUUUGCCAAAAAAGUUAAUGUGACAUGGUACCAAAGUGUAUACAUAUUAAUGCUCGUGACCGUACGUGUAAAUUACGUUUAUGAAAAAAGUAGAGAGAUUAUAAAAUUAACUUGUAAAAUAAAUAUUGACACUUGUAACAUGUAUUUUAAAUUUGUGAUUUUGAUAAAAACAUUCUUGUAAUAAUGAAUUUUUUUACAAGUAAAUUUCUUGUAAUACAAGGGCUUGUAAGUUUUGAUAAACAGAGUAAAAAAAAGUACAAUUAUGUAAAAGUAAGUUCCUAUUAUUACUUUUAGUUUACUUUAGUAUUAGACUGAGUUUUUUUCUUUUUAAUGAAGGACUUUCGAGGUUAAGUUCCCCAAAAAUAAUAUAGAUAGCUUUGUCGAGAUUUAACGUGUUAGUUACAUAAUAAUUCAAAAAUAUAAUACAAUGGCAGAAGCAUAAUUAUAUAAAAAUAAUUGUUGCUUGAUAUUUGGAUCACAUUAUGUAUAGAAUUAUGUUGCUACCUAUAUUGCUUAUCUAUAUUUUGAUCACAAUAAUAACGGGUGGAUUUAAUUGUGCGUGGGUGUAAUGAAAAGGUUGCCUUCAGUCUCUACCAAAACAAUGUCGCCAACUUGUAGCGGUUCAGUUUUUGCCCGCUCACGUUUUUGUAUAAGUUCACUCGCGUAUUCAUCCUUAAACCUUUUCCGUAAGUCUUCGCGUAAAUUCUGACAAUAACGAUUCAUCAUUUAUACCCAAAAACAAAGAUGCAUAUGUCUGUUAUCAAUGAAAUUACAAGUGUGCAAGUACUUAAUUUAAACUAGUCUAUAAAUAAUACCAUGGAUUGUAUUAAGUUUACGCGGUUAGUAUUAUAAUUAAAACACAUAAUAACGGGUUCUUACCGCGUUUAAAUCAGGGAUAUGAGACUCCCGAUAUUUUUGCAAGUGCCAUGAUCACGGGAUGACUGAUGAGAUUGGAGUGGAUUGGCACUUGCAACAAGCACUUGCGAGUGGGAUGGCGCCCAGAGUAGUCUAUUUCAAAGCCGUACUAGGACUCCUGUCCUCCGCCUCUGAAUAGUACUGACAGUUACUGCUGCCCUCUGUCAGGUCCCAGGUACCAUGCGACUUGCCAUACAGUCCCAGUGAUUUUUGUGAUUAGUCCCCACCGGGAUUCGAACCCAGUAGGUAAGCCCAACGCUCAACCAAUGGACCACGGAGACCUACAAAUAAUAAGCAAAGUUUGAACAGCGAGGGACGUCUGUCUUAUGUAUUACUAUUAAUAGUUACUCUAAAUACAGUCAUGAGCAACAUAAUGUACCCACUUUAGGACUCUGUCGCACUAACAUAUUUGACAUUUAGUGAGACUUACAGUUCAAUUUGUCAAAAAAGUUAAUGUGACACGGUACCAAAGUGUAUACAUAUUUGCUCGUGACCGUACACAGUGUUGGUAACACCGUAACGAAUAAUGAAGGGAAAUGAUUCAGACCAUGAUUAUGAGUUGAUAUCUAGUGGAAUUUUCCGUCGCAAAAGUAUGGAUCUGAAAAUAAUUAAAAAUAACACAAAAAAUUACAUAGAUUUUCCGACAGAAAAAUCCACUUGAUAUUAACUCAGAAUAAUGAGCUGAAUCAUACCUCUCAGUAUUCGUUAGGAUGUCACUUACACCCCGUACAGUCAUGAGCAAUAUAAUGUACCCACUUUAGGACUCUGUCGCACUAACAUAUUUGACAUUUAGUGAGACUCACAGUUCAAUUUGUCAAAAAAGUUAAUGUGACAUGGUACCAAAGUGUAUACAUACCGUACAAGUACAUACAGGUAGCCAUACAAGUAGGUGUGGGUGUUAGUGACACCGUAACGAACACUGAGGGGGAUGAUUCAGACUAUUCUGAGUUGAUAUCAAGUGGGAUUUCCCGUCGGAAAAGUAUGGAACUACUGGUCUGAAUAAUCCCUCAGUUUUCGUUACGAUGUCACUCCCUAACGCCCUGUACGAUGUAAAAUGAACAAAAUUAUUCAAUCGAAUGUACAUAAUAAUCAUAAUAAUUAUUGGUUACUUAAGAAUGUAUGUUAUUUAAUAAAUGAUUGUUACAUAAGUA